ANAGGUGCUACAGUAAUAUCGUCGUCCUUCUCGUCCCUUUUCCCCGUUUUACAGAUUUUCAGAAUAAAGAUACAACUCCCCCAUGCCUUUUACUGUUGAUCAUGAAAAGGAGCAAAACAUAAUAAUCUCAAACUCUUUCUUUCAAAAAUCCAAUGGAUUUCCCACCAAAAUUUAUAUGUUCUUCCCCUUUAAAUAGUUCCCAUGCUCAAGGGAUUGAGAGAGGCCGAGGAGUUGAGUUUUGAAGCGAUAAUUACUUUACACUAGAAAGUUUCAAGCGAAUCUCUAAAAUAUAGUUUGCAGCUGGUUUUGAACUUCUUGGUUGUAUAUUUGUACUUGAAUCUUGUGGUAGAAGAAUCAUUGCUCUCAAGCUCAUUGCCGUCUCGAGUUCGCUGCUCCGAAGAAGAUGAAUUCAGUCCCUCAAGUGCCCAAAAUUAGGAUGGUCGAGGGUUUUCCGUACAAAUUGAAAACCUGGUGGGAGAAUUUUACUCCAAGUGAAAAAUUAGCAAUUGCAAAAAGGUUGGGGUGCCUCCCUAUGCUAUUCAAGGUUAACCCUGACAAACAUAUGAUUAGAGCGUGGAUUCAGUUUUGGGAUCUAGACCAUGUUGUGUUCACGUUCAAAGACUUUGAACUAACACCUACAUUGGAGGAAAUAUAUUAUUUUACCAGUUUGAAGUAUCGAGGAAAAGGUCAAAUUAUUCCUCACAGUCAAUCAGGGAAGAAAUUUCUUCGCUACUUAGGACUGAAAAAUGAAAAGAAACUUCGAUGCUUCGAACAUAAUUGGUUUCUCUGGACUACUUAUAUGAAAGGUAUGGACGCUCAAAUAGUUACAAUGUUUAGAAAGGAAUUCUCUUGCACUCUUGUUCAUUGGCAAGCUAGACGCCCUAUCGCAUUUACUGUGGCUUUACUAGGAACUUUAGUGUUUCCACGAGAACAUGGUCAUAUCAGCACAUGCAUAUGUUCAGUGGCUCGUGUACUUUUUGAAAGUGUUAAUGGCGAAGAGCUCACUCUAGUUCCCAUGAUUUUAGCAGAAAUAUUUCGAGCUCUUGGGAAAUGUAAAAGAGGGGAAGCAAACUUCUUUGAAGGUUGCAACCUUCUUUUACAAGUGUGGGCACUCGAACAUUUUCACAAGCAUAAAAAUAUGGAUGACAUAUGCUUUAGCAACGUAAAUCAUAUUGACAGUUUUUUCUACAGGACAAAAAUGUUUGUAUCUCCGGUUGGUACUGAUGAUUGGUAUGAAUAUCUGACCUCCUGUACCAGUGACCAAAUUCAGUGGAAAUAUCCAUUACUCUCGCAUUCCCCGCCAUAUAUCAGAUGCAAGAGGUCCUACUAUAUCGAGCUUAUUGGGUUAAAGGGUCUCCAACCUUAUGCUCCGGUGCGCGUACUUCAACAAUUUGGUCGAGGACAAGUAAUCCCUCUUCGAGCCAACAUGAGUGUUUCUGAAGUUUCCUUCGGACCAAACUUUGAAGUUCUUAGAGAUAGAGAGAUACAUCAUGAAUGGAACAAUAUUCUCACGAUGGAUAUAGGAAUGGGUCCCGAAAGAGAAAUUCCAGAAUAUCAGGUGUGGCUUCGAGAAGAUCGCAACAGCAUGAGUCCAGAAGGCGAACAAGGUUUUGAGGAUAUUGGGACGACGAUCUGGAUAAGGCCUUCUCAUCUCGGAACGAAAGCGGUCACCCCUGAAAUGUGGGCUCAAAUGGAAAGUAUAAUGCAAUAUUUGGAUAAUGCUAGAGCAGGGCCUAACAACGUGGAAGCGUCAUCAUCACUUCCUCCACCGGCAUGAUUGAUAACAACAUCCAAGCUGAAUCUUAGUUUUGUCCUUAUUUUGUGUCAUUUUUAUGUUAUACCAUUUUAUUGGUAUUUAAUGGUUA